CACCACUGCAUUUUAAAGACAUCGCUAACAGGUUGUUAGCCGCAGUUAGCUGUUGUUUCGGUUCCAAGUUUUUUUUUACAGGAAAGUAUUGGAUAAAAUAAUUUCAUGAAUUUACAUGGUUUUAGAGAAAAUUUUAUACGGGAAGCUGUAUUUGGACGUGUCGAUUUAAAAACGACGUUAACUUUAGUUAGCUAACUUCUUUCAUAUAGCUAUCUUUUAACCAGCUAUCGUUAGCAGCCAGCAUUACUAUGCCGUCGUUAUCUGGUUUUGUUAAACUUUAUCUGUGGACCUUCUUGUAUUAACAGGAGAUAUGAAUAUUACAUACAGAAGAGUCUGAUAAAUCAGUAACAUGUCGCUGAAAGACAAAUAAUUCUUGAUUAGUAUUGUUUACAAAUAUUGUUAGUAUCAGCUGAAAACUCACAUGCAUGUUGUGUUUACCUGUGGAUAACUAACCGCUAACUACAUUAUCGUGUUUCCGAACCAUAAGAUGAACUAAUUUAGAGAGGAAUGUCUUAAUAGGGCUUUUUUUUUUUAGUUUAUAAGGAAUGUCUAAAGUAUCAUUGGUGUAUUGAAUAGAAUAGGAGCGUUUAUUUACGAGUCGCCAUGGCAAGUGCUUUAGCAGCAAAAAUAGGAUUCAACUCUUUGAUUAGAAAACAAGCCAAAUACUUUAAAGUAAAGAUAUGCACCAUGGAGUCAGACAUGGAGUUCAAGUGCGAGAUGAAGUGGAAAGGAAAAGACCUUUUUGACUUGGUGUGCCGGACUUUGGGACUGAGAGAAACCUGGUUCUUUGGGCUCCAGUACAACAUAAAGGACACAGUGGCUUGGCUGAAGAUGGAUAGGAAGGUUUUAGACCAAGAGGUCUCAAAAGAUGAACCAAUCACCUUCCACUUCCUGGCCAAGUUUUACCCAGAAAAUGCUGAGGAGGAGCUAGUGCAAGAUAUCACUCAACGUCUCUUCUUUCUACAGGUAAGGAAGAAGAUCCUUGAAGAAGAAAUCCACUGUCCUCCAGAGGCCUCUGUGUUGCUGGCAUCCUAUGCAGUCCAUGCCAAGUACGGAGAGUAUGACCCUGAAGUUCACAAACCAGGCUUCCUGGCUGAGGAGGAACUGCUUCCAAAAAGGGUUAUUAACUUGUACCAGAUGACUGCAGAAAUGUGGGAGGAGAGGAUCACAGCAUGCUAUGCCGAGCACAGAGGCAGAACAAAGGACGAAGCUGAGAUGGAGUAUUUGAAAAUAGCUCAGGACCUGGACAUGUAUGGCGUCAAUUACUUUUUAAUCAAGAAUAAAAAGGGAACAGAUCUUCUGUUGGGAGUGGAUGCCCUUGGUCUGCAUAUCUACGAGCCGGAAAACAAACUGACACCCAAAUGCUCCUUCCCAUGGAACGAGAUCCGCAACAUAUCCUACAGCGACAAGGAGUUUACCAUCAAACCUUUGGACAAGAAAACCAAUGUCUUCAAGUUCAACUCUUCACGACUAAGAGUCAACAAGCUGAUUUUGCAGCUGUGCAUAGGGAACCAUGACCUGUUCAUACGCCGACGUCGAGUGGACUCUCUUGAGGUCCAGCAGAUGAAGUCUCAAGCCAGAGAAGAGAGGGCCAGAAAGCAGGUAGAGCGGCAACGUCUGCAGAGGGAAAAGCAGCUGCGAGAGGAAGCAGAGCGAGCCAGGGACGAGCUGGAGAGGAGGCUCAUUCAGCUGCAGGAUGAGGCUCACAUGGCCAAUGAGGCAUUACUGCGCUCAGAACAGACGGCAGACCUGCUGGCUGAAAAGGCCCAGAUUGCAGAGGAGGAGGCCAAGCUGUUGGCCCAGAAAGCUGUCGAGGCUGAGACGGAGAUGCAGCGCAUCAAAGUGACCGCCAUGCGUGGCCAGGAGGAGCGACGCGUUAUGGAACAGAAGAUGCUGGAGGCUGAGAUGCGAGCUCUCAAGAUGGCUGAAGAGUCAGAAAGGAGGGCUAAAGAGGCUGAUCUGCUGAAGCAGGACUUGCAGGAAGCCAGGAAUUCAGAGCGCAGAGCAAAAAACAAGCUGCUGGAGAUGACCAGCAAGGCCAUCUAUACGUCACCUGGACUUCCAUCUGACAGCGUCCCUCAAGAACUUAACUUUAGCAGGGAGAAUCUCAGUUUUGACUUCAAAGACACCGACAUGAAACGCCUGUCCAUGGAGAUUGAGAAGGAGAAAGUCGAAUAUAUGGAGAAGAGCAAACACCUGCAAGAGCAGCUGAAUGAGUUGAAGACGGAAAUUGAAAGUCUGAAGCUUAAGGAGAGGGAGACUCCUCUGGACAUCAUUCACAACCAGAAUACAGAACAGGGGACCAGUAAGCACAGCAACUUUAAAAAGCUUACACUACAAAGCACCAAGUCAAGGGUGGCCUUUUUUGAAGAACUUUAAACAUUCUGGAACCGUGAGAAACUUCUCAAUGCUACAUUCCCGACUGCACUACAAACUCCUUACUGCUGGAAACAAAACCUGCCAACGGCCAGAAAAAUAUCUACUGCUUUGAAUUCAUCACCUCUAAGAAAAAUGCAUAUAAAAAAAAGCUGUGUGUGUGCAUGUGUGUGUGUUUACAAUAAGACUGAGUGUAAGACUUUUUUUUAGAGAUAUUUUGAAAGAAUUUGCUUGUUGAAUUUAUCAAAGU